GCGUUACGCUGAAACCAUCAGUGGCGGGCGCUGACCGCUGUCUGGGGCUUGUCGCUUCGUCUUGAUGCCAUGAUUCGGUCAGCCGUGACUCCACGCCCCGGCUUGGACGCUGUGGGCGGAGCCCGUGCUUCGGCAAAGUGACUGGGGCGGUGGAAUCGGGGCUGAGCCCAGGAUACUGUAUCAGAGAGCGGAUCCCUCGGCCGGGACAGAGCGGACCGUUGGCACCCGCCCCUUGUCCCCCGGACACAUUGGGACGGGCAGAAAGUAGCUGUUCACGGGCGCUCACGGAGCUGCUCCCAAGCCCCCCGAGCAUGUCCGACUCGGACGACAUAAGUGAGUUUGGAUUCAUCGUUGACAGGAUCUCCCGUGGUGAGGUUCCCAUUAAAAACAUUGAGCGGGAGUUGAUCUGCCCAUCAUGUAAGGAGCUCUUCACUCAUCCCCUGAUCCUGCCUUGCCAGCACAGUGUCUGUCACAAGUGCGUCAAGGAGCUGCUGCUGUUCAGGGAGGAUGCAACUACCGAGACAGACUCAGAGUUCUCCAACCCAGCCACCCCUGUCAGCAGCCCCAGAGCACGUCGCCUCUCCUCGGCCAGUGUUGAGAGGCUCGACAGGCUCACCCGGACAGCCUCACUGCGAAGGUCAUUCGGGAGAAAAGGCUGGAAACGGACCAUCCACAGUCAAGGAGUCACCACCUUCCCUUGCCCUGGCUGUAAGUGUGACAUCGAUCUCGGAGAGCGAGGCAUCAGCGGACUGUUCCGAAACUUCACCUUGGAAACGAUUGUGGAGAGAUACCGGCAGGCCGCCCGUGCAGCUGUAGCCAUCAUGUGCAACCUCUGCAAGGCUCCGCCCAGCGAGGCCACCAAGAGUUGCAUGGACUGCAAAGCAAGCUACUGCAAUGAGUGCUUUAAACUUCACCAUCCCUGGGGGACUCCAAAGGCUCAACAUGAGUAUGUAGGACCAACCACCAACUUUCGGCCCAAGAUUCUGAUGUGCCCUGAGCAUGAAAUGGAGAAGGUGACCAUGUACUGCGAGAUGUGCCGGAGGCCCGUGUGUCACCUCUGUAAGCUUGGUGGGUCACACGCCAACCACAAGGUCACUUCUAUGAGCAGUGCCUACAAAGUGCUCAAGGAGAAGCUGUCUAAGAGUAUUGGUUACCUCAUCAGCAAAGAGGGCCAAGUGAAAGCUCAGAUCUUUCAACUGGAACACAUGAUUGAUCAGACAGAGAGGAAUGGAGAAAAGUCAAAAAGAGAAGCGACUGAUUUGAUUGACAGGCUCUGCAGCAUCUUGGAGCAGCGCAAAAUGAAGCUCAUCGAGUCGAUUGAGGAGAGCCAAAGCUCAAAGCUGGAGAGAUUGCAUUACCAGAUGGAUGAAUAUCAGGGAAUGUUGGAAAAUAGCGGACUGGUGGGUUAUGCCCAAGAAGUUCUGAAGGAAACAGACCAAUCCUGCUUCGUGCAGACGGCAAAGCAGCUGCACACGAGGAUCCGAAUGGCCACCGAAUCACUGAAAACCUUCCAGCCAGCUGCAGAGCCCUCCUUCACAGAGUUCACUCUCGAUGUGUCUAGAGAGGAGGAUCUGCUGAAAGAAUUGUCUUUCUCAAAUGACCUUCCACAGGCUCAAAGACUCGUCUCACCGGGUGGCUGGUUAGCUUCAGUUCCAGAGGCACCAGUUAUUGAUCAGAAGCAAAGUCGACUGUACGAUGAAGGAAUCAUCUGUUGGCAGCAGCCCAGCGGAACCCCUCGUGCAGACCACUAUAAACUGGAAUAUAGGAAAAUUGAUCAAGAUGGAGACUGUGUCUGGCAGUCCACCGAGGAUGUGAGUGAAACAAGUCAAGUCGUCUCCAACCUCGACACCAACAGCAGUUACGUCUUCAGAGUGAAAGGGUGUAAGAAUUUGAAUUACAGUGACUACAGCAAGGAAGUAGUUUUCUGUACACCACCUGCUCCGGUUUUUAGAUUCUUAUUUGAUGAGACUUGCGGCUACAACAGUGAUCAUCUGAUUCUCAGCAAGCAGAGAGACUCCGUGGAGAGUGUGGCUGGGCUUCCUCUCUUGCUAGGUGCGGAGCGGAUUAUGGCUGGAAGUUACAUGUCCCUAAAUUUCAUCACUGGAGACACAGGAAUAACAAAAGGGAAAUACUACUGGGCCUUCCGAGUGGACGCAUCUUCCUACCUGGUUAAAGUAGGCGUGGUAUCUGAUACGAAGCUGCAGGAGUGGUUUCACAGUCCCCAUGACAUCAACAGUCCCAGGUAUGACCAUGACAGUGGACACGACAGUGGGAGCGAAGAUAUUGCUUUGGAACACUCCCAGCCUUUCACUUUUGUCACCAUAGGAAUGAGGAAGUUCUUCAUGCCCAAAAGUCCUUCCACCUCUUGCACAGAGACCUGUGAGCGCUUUCUAUCUAUGCCCCAUCGGAUUGGCAUUUGUCUGGACUAUGACAGAGGGAAAGUCAGUUUCCACGAUGGGGACAAUAUGCAGUGUCUAUACGAAAGGCGGGUGGAAUGUUCUGGAACAAUGUACCCAGCCUUUGGGCUAAUGGGAGGAGGUUCAGUACAUCUGGAGGAACUAGUGGCAAUGAAAGAGUUGAUCUACAGGAUUUAGUUUCUUAAUUCUUGAUUGUUGGGAGGCUUUUUUCCACGUGUAUGAAAAGAUCUUUUAGGAAAAUGCUUGCUUCCCCUGUUUGUAGCACUUUAUGGCAUGCAUUGCUUGAAGAACCUUGACAUGUAAUUCCACAUGUGAAUGGUUCUCAUUACAGUUCUGUGCAAUACUCAUUCAUUGAUUAGAUGUCACAGGGCAGCAGAAUGCUCUCUGAAAUCUUCCCUUCCUUCCCCUUCAUCUCUGCUUUUUUUUGUUGCUGAUGCGAAUCAGACCUUUUCAAAGGAAAUAAUGCAACUGAAGUGUGUUAAUAAUUUUGUUAACGUAUCUGUAGCUGCAUCAAAGUGCAGUUUGGUAUUUAAAGUUUUCAAAGUAAAAUUUUAAAGAGCUGCAGGGAGUUGUUAUUUUUGACUUCUGGGUUUGAGAUUCUCAUAUUAUGCCACAAAAGCUACGAAUCUAAAAUGAAGUCAUGCCUUCUAUAAAAAAGUACUGACCAAAGUGUCAUUUGGUGGAGGCUUUGUAACUUUGACAUGUCUAAAUAACAUAAUAUAAUGUUGAUGUCAUUUAUGAAUAUUCAGAAUAAUCAAUGCAAGAUUUCUGAAUGCACACGGUGCAAGCUGGUGCUGAGGGUGCUGGGUCCAGGACCAAUAAAUAAAAAAUGUGUCACAGCAACAGUUAUUUAAAAAUAUAUGUUUUAUUUUAGAGACAAUGCAGAACAGGCCCUUCCAGUCCGACGAGCUGUUCUGCCCAACAACCCACCUAUUUGUCCCUAGCCUAAUCACCAGACAAUUUACAACGACCGAUUAACCUGCUAACCGGUACGUCUUUGGACUGUGGGAGGAAACAGGAGCACCUGGAGGAAACCUCCAUUUAUGGAGAGGACGUACAAAUUCUUUACCGAUUGAAGUGCAAACUCCGCCGCCCGGAGCUGUAAUAGCGUCACACUGGCGCCACCCUGGCGUAGUAAAAGACACGGCGGGUGUUCCCUCACAUUCCCACUAGCUCAAUAAAGAGGAUGUGCUAUGAGCAUCAGAGCCACACUGGUUUUGAUCAACACCUGAGUUACGAUUUGCUGAAGGGACAGAAUUUUUUUUUAACUAUUGUCAGUGAUAGUACCCUGUACUCAUUUAAAGAAACCUACUGCUCAGUUUAAGUCUGCUUGCUUCCCCCAUUUAUUUUCCCAACCUCAUUCAUACUGCUACAUUCUCUGUCUUAAUCCUCUCCCCUGACUCCUGCUUCCUGUUGUAGUUGUUAGUGUGACUUGCAAAAAAAUAAAUCGGAGAUUUAAUUGGCAAGAAACAAAUUACACUGGAUAUUCCUUUUACCCCACAAGGAUGAUAGACAACACCAGGCUAACCCCUGAUAUAUUUAUGUGACUAGGUCAAUAAUGUGUCAACACAUCUUGGAAUCUCAUAACACUUAAACAAUUAAGCCUGUUCAUUGUACUGGAAGAAUUAAAUUAAUGGUAUAUUUAAUAGUGAUUGUACUGAUUUCUCAAGUAUUAGAACAUUCACCUGAAACAAUAAAUGAACUCAUAGUCAUAAUAAUUGCUAACAAGGUGGGGGAAAAGACUUGAAAUCAGCCAAGGAUGGUGCUCCCUGUUACUGUUAAUUGGAAAUCGGGUGUGACAAGUUCUGUGAUAUUAUCUUACUGUAAAUACGCCUGUUGAUGGUAGCACUGUGAUGCCCUAAUUCUGCACUUCCAAGUUCUUUGGUUGUAAGGAAGGGGAUCUUUAAUGUUUCUCCUUUGCUGUAUGGUUCUCAAGUUUCAUUAUGCAGUAAUAAAUAAGGGCAAUAUGAUUAACCUUAAAGUGGAAACUCAGUUACUGCUCUUGAACUACACACCAUUUCCCCUUUACUAACAUGAUGGGAAGGGGAACAAGUAAAGAGGAAGGUUGGGAGGGGGGCUCUUGUAG